AUGAAGCGGCGGCUCCAAGCCAUGACUCAUCAGAACUCCCCCUGUGGCAGGCCGGUGACAUUGGAUGCCCAGCAGCGGCCCUUGUCCAUCGUCAUCCCCAUGGGCGGCUCCGGGGCCGACUUUGCGGAAGCAGGCUAUCGGAUGCCAAAGCCUUUAGUGAACAUUGUUGGCAGACCUGUGUUGCUGUGGCUCCUGGACAACUUGAGUCUGACCAAGGAGGACUCUGUCUUCCUGGCAGUCCCAGCAGCCAUGCUCAGGCAGUUCGACCUGAAGAAGAUGCUGGCGCGGAUGCUGCCAGAUGUGGUGGUCAAGAUCAUGGUGCUGCCCUUCGAAACGCGGGGCUGGUUGGAGACAGUGCUUUCCAUCACUCGGCAGAUGUCGAUCAAGGAAAGCAGGAACUGUCUAGUCACAUUGGACUGCGGCACCAUCUAUCAUGGGGUGGACCUCCUGCACCUGUGCCGCUCUGAGGAGGUGAAGCACGCCUCGGUCUUCGUUGACCUGAGCAAGGUGCCGGUGAGCGGCACGGGGGUUCCGCGAGCCAACUUCUCGUACCUGAAGCUUGGCGAGGAUUUCAAGAUCCUGGAGGUGCGGGAGAAGUCGGUGAUCUCUUCCCAGGCCAACUGCGGCACCUACAUCUUCAGCAGCGGCACGGAGUUCCGCAAGGCGGCAGAGGCCUUGCUGGAAUGCCCAGAAGAGGCCGCGAAGGGAGGCCUCUACGCCUCCAGCUUGAUGACCUGGAUGAUGGGACGAAAAGGCGAAACCUUCCACGGCAUACCGGUGAUGUACGAGGACGUGGCCAUGGUGUCCACUCCGCCGCAGCUGGAGGACUUUGUGCGCCGCGUGAGCCUGGGCCAGGUGUCGCAGCCGGCGUCCAGGCGGUUCUGCUUUGAUCUGGAUGGCACGCUGGUGCAGCCAAAGGGCAAUUCGCUGGUGGGCAUCCCCGCGGCCAUCGAGCUGGUGCGGCAGCUCCAUAAGGCAGGGCACACCAUCAUCAUCACAACCAGCAGGGGCAUGGUAUCCGGCGGCGGGGCGGACAAGGCCUUAGCAGACCAGGGAAAGGAGACCAUAGAUCAGCUGGAGCAGCUGGGCAUCCCCUACGACGAGCUUCACUUUGGCAAGCCCCAUGCAGAUAUUUAUGUGGAUGCCCAAGCUCUCAACAGCCAGGGCGACCUCAAUAGAGACCUCGGGUGGUUCCUGCCACACAUGGAUGACGCUUUGGACGGCGCCAUCGAUGCGAGAUCAUUCAAUUUGGUCAGGUCCUCUGGGAAGGCGCACGUCAUCAAAUCCUCGGCGCCGGAUGUGCUGAGGGGCGAGUGCCACUGGUACCGCUCGAUCCCCCCGGAGCUGAGCUGCUACUUCCCCCGGCCUGUUGAGAUCCAAGAGGGUGAGGGCAUCAGUUCGGUCUCGAGCAUCACCAUGGAGAAGGUUCAGGGGGUCACCUUCUCGCACCUGCUCACCGCUCGGCUGCUGAUGCCUGAGUGGCUGCGGCGCCUGGUGCGAGCCCUGCACAGCAUCCACCAGCAGCAGCCGCCGCCCGACUCCAAGGUGGCACAAGAGCCAAAGGCCACCAAUGCCCAGCUGUGCUCCAAUUACGCUGCAAAGGUCAAGAAGAGAGCCUUGGAGCACAUCAGCCUGUAUGAUUCCCUGGCUGAGGAGUUGGGUGUCAAUACGCGGCAAAUGGCUGAUGUGCUUCUCCGAUUCUUGGAUGACUUUGAGGCCGAACAGCGGUCGCUGCAUGCCUACUACAUCCACGGGGACCCCGUGUUUUCCAACAUCAUCCGAACCAACGAUGAUCAGCUUGUCAUGAUCGACAUGCGCGGACAGCUUGGGAAGUUGAUCACCACGCAGGGUGAUGUGCAUUACGACCUCAGCAAGGUCUUUCAGAGCCUUUGUGGCUACGACUUCAUGCUCUUGGACCAGGUCCUAGACGAGCCCGCCUCCGAGAGCUUCGACAGCCUCCGGGCCGCCUUCUGGGAGGAGGUCAAGCUGCUGUACCCGGAGGUCUCGCACCGCCAGGUGCGCUUGUUGACGGCGGCUCACUUCUUCACCAUCGUGCCUUUGCACGAGGCCGCCAAGUUGCCCGUGAACCUCGGUGUUGCAGAGCGAGUCUUUUUGUACGGCUGCGUGGAUUGUGCAUAUGGUAUCGACACCUAUCUCUGGUGUACAAAGCGAAUUCGGGAGGAGAGUGGCAUCUGGGCAAAAGCAGCCCAGCAGCGCUUCUCAGGGCACAAAUUGGAGCGCCAAAUGGCCUCGAGCCUCAAGCGCUUGGGAGAAAGUUGGCAGCUUGCCGCACCGUUUGGGGUGUUCAUGAGACAUGAGUGCCAUGCUGCUUUAAGGUCGCCUCCGCCCGGGAUAGAUGAGAUUGCCUCAGUGGCCAAAGCGAUCACCGAGACAGAAGGCUUUGAUUUGGUCGUGUUUGACACGGCACCCACAGGCGACUGGGCUGAAAUUGAUUUGUCGGCACCUGUUUGA